UAACCUUAAUGCAAUGUCACUCUAUAGUUUCACUGAAGUUCCUAAUGAGGAUCUUGAUUCGAGUAACGAAGGUCAAUCCUCUGUCUCUUCUACUCCUUCCACAAUUCCCUCACCACCAUCGAUGUCGAGAGAUGAGCGCACUGCCACACCGGUUGAAGACCCCGCUCCCGAGAACAGCAAAGGAAUGAGCCGUGCCCAAUUUCGAAAGUAUGGCAAAGAAGCUGUGGACUACAUAGCUAACUAUCUGGAAACUAUCCAUAAAAGGCGCGUAGUACCCGCGAUUGAACCUGGUUACCUGAAGAACCUGAUUCCCGAAGAAGCACCUAUGCAACCGGAAUCAUGGGAAAAAGUCAUGGACGAUUUUGAGAAACUGAUCAUGCCUGGAGUCACCCAUUGGCAGCAUCCUCGAUUUCAUGCUUACUUCCCAGCUGGAAACUCUUUCCCUUCCAUUUUGGCAAACAUGAUCGGCGAUGGUAUUGGAAGUAACGGGUUCAGCUGGGCUGCGUGUCCUGCCAUCACAGAAUUGGAAAUGAUAAUGUUGGACUGGUUUGGAAAGAUGAUUGGCUUGCCUAAAGAGUUCCUCCCACUAACUGAGGGCGGCAAAGGAGGAGGCGUAAUUCAGGGAUCAGCUUCCGAAUGCAACCUCGUCUCUGUAUUGGCCGCUCGCUUUGAAGUAAUGAAGGAACUUCGCCAACGUUUUCCGUUUGUAGAAGAAGGCCUUUUGUUGUCCAAACUCAUUGCAUAUUGCUCGAAAGAGGCCCACUCCUCUGUAGAGAAAGCUUGCAUGAUCAGCAUGGUAAAACUGCGAAUCCUUGAAACAGACUCGAAAUAUCGUUUGCGAGGAGAAACACUGCGAAAUGCUAUACAGGAAGACCGAAAUCUUGGGCUCAUUCCGUUCUUCGUUUCCACCACCCUCGGUACAACAUCAUGCUGCUCAUUCGACGUACUCAGCGAAAUCGGGCCCGUCUGUGAAGAGAAUGAGCUGUGGCUCCAUGUUGAUGCAGCCUAUGCUGGCUCGGCCAUGAUCUGCCCGGAAUUCCGCCAUCUGAUGAAUGGUAUUGAGUAUGCAAUGUCGUUCAAUACGAACCCCAACAAAUGGAUGCUAGUGAAUUUCGACUGCAGCACUAUGUGGGUAAAGGAUCGCUUCAAACUAACACAAGCCCUCGUGGUGGACCCACUCUACCUACAACACAGCUGGACAGACAAAUCCAUAGACUACCGCCACUGGGGCAUACCGCUGAGUAGGCGUUUCCGUUCACUCAAGUUAUGGUUCGUGAUCCGAUGUUACGGUGUGGAGGGCCUCCAAAAGUACAUAAGAGAGCAUGUCAGACUAGCGAAGAAGAUGGAAGCACUGUUACGAGCUGAUCAAACAUUUGAAAUUAUCGGUGACGUCAUCAUGGGCCUAGUAUGCUUCCGAAUGCGGGGCUCCGACGAAUGCAAUCAACAGUUACUGACGCGCCUCAAUAGCUCAGGGAGGAUUCACAUGGUUCCUGCUUCGCUGAAUGAUCGCUUCGUAAUCCGCUUCUGCGUCGCCGCUGAAAAUGCCACUGACAAGGACAUAGAGAUAGACUAUGCGAUUAUUAGUCAAAUGGCUCAACAUAUCCUGCACGAGGGAACAGCACUUCCAAUAGUCGAGGAUCAGGAAGCGGAGCAGCUGGAAGAAGCCGGAUAUGAUGCCGAAGUUGUACCUGUUGCUAAUGCUAAUACGUUGGCAGAUGAGAUGAGACAAAAUUCACUGGAAGAGAAGCCAUUGACAAAGGAGGAAAUGAUAGCAAUGAAGCAGAAAGAGGGGUUGGCUAAGAAAAGAUCGUUCCUCGUGCGCAUGGUAUCGGAUCCGAAAUGCUACAAUCCGAAGAUCGUUCGCCAUCUCAACAUGGCCAAUCAUCGAAAAAUGAGCCAAGACCUAUACCGUGACAGAACACUAAUGCAAACAAUAUCUAAUAGCCAGCGACAGAAUCGGCUCCCUCAAUCCCCAGGAUCAUGCAAUUCGUCCGUAAACUUCAACUCACACUUUGAUGAAGAUGUGGAGCACACGCGCAUCGCCUUCUCACAAACUGGCUUGCAAACGCCCAUUUAACUUUUUUUUAGAAACUUGAUUUCACGAAGUUAGUUGAUUUUUCCCGUUUCUUAAAUGUAAAACAUAAUGUACAUAUGCUCCACGAUAUGGUCGAGAAUUGUGAUUGUUUUAUAUUGAAAGUAGUCGAUUAACAAGUUAGCAAUAUGGUAAUAUGAAUGAAACCCAAGUGAACUUGAUUUAUCUCGCAGUUCCCAUUUCUUAUGAUGCAUGCUUCUAUUGUAUUAAAUGCUUCUGAUUAACCUAUCCACUUAUCGUUAAACCGUUUGCCCGUCGCAAUACAACUUCUCCCUGUAGAAGUUGAGUCCCCUUUGUAACUGUUUCUCUACGACAAUUUUGCUUUAGUAGCUUUCUUUUGUGCCCUAUUCCAAGAUCAUGCAUGGUGCAAAAAACAUGAUAUCAGGAAGACAGAGGCACCGUGAUGGGAAAUAAUACAGGACUCUUGUAGAAUACUCGUUUUAUCAAUUGUAACUAUAACUGACAAUAGCAUAGGAGAAUGUUCAAGUAAUUAAUCUGGUUGCCAUUACAUAUUGUUUCCUGUACAUUCACUUAUGCUGUUGUUGGCUGAUAUUCAUGUCAAAUAGAGAAUAUUAGUGAAUAAAUCA